UGAAGUCCUAAAAAGGGCAUUCCAUGCUGAAGUAAUACUCGAUCGGACAGUCCUGGACAAUCCAGCGGUAUUUCCUGAUCUCUUCUGAAUCUUCAAGCCUGCAAUUCGCUCUCUCUCUUCAUCCUCGUGCAUCGAAAUAAUGGCUCGCCUCCACGGAGCGCGGACCACUGGUCGUGGUCUUCUCAUCGUGUUCGAAGGGUGUGACCGCUCCGGAAAGACCACGCAUUGUACCCGUCUGGUGUCCGAACUGAACGCCCGCUUCACGGCCCAAUUUAUGCGCUUUCCCGAUCGGAGCACGCUCGUUGGACGCAUGAUCGAUGCCUAUUUGAAGGGCGAGAAGGAGCUCGAUGACCACGCCAUUCAUCUCUUGUUCUCCACCAACCGUUGGGAGAAGGUCGACGAGCUGAAACGGGCCUUGGAGAACGGGUCGCACGUGGUCGUGGAUCGCUACGCCUUUUCCGGGGUGGCCUUUUCCGCUGCCAAAGAUGGCAUGAGUAUGCAGUGGUGUAAGCAACCCGAUCGGGGUCUACCUCGGCCGGAUUUGGUCUGUUUCUUAGACGUGAGUCCGGAUGAGGCCCAGAAACGCGGGGGAUUCGGGCGGGAGCGCUAUGAGAAGCUCGAGUUUCAGGCUCGAGUCAGACAGAAUUAUGACCAUUUGAUGGAUGACACGUGGCAGAUUAUCCAGACGGAUCACAAGACCAUGGAUCAGGUGUAUGCCGAGGUGAUGGCAGUGGUGGAACGGACUAUGCAAAGCCAGAUUAAUCAGAAGCCGCUGACUCCUCUAUGGCCGAUGGAUUGACCUGGAUGACCUCAAACGGAUUGACCUGGUGGCACUCAAUGGUAACACAGUAUUGGAACCCCCCCCCGACCUAUGACAAAUGUCCGCGAUGAGACGUGGAUGCACACAUUUAAAUAUUUAUAAUUUAAUCUCAACGCCAUGCAAUGAUGCAUUUGCACACCCAAUAUAGUAUAGUUUAAUUUGACUUCCA